UCUGUGAGGCUCUCAGUUCUAUUUCUAUAUCUAUUAUAAUUCUUUAUACAUAUAAAAUAAUGUUUAGAGUUUUAAGUCUUAACUGUUAUGCUCAGUUAUGUUUUAACAGUCCACUAGUAAACAUACCUAGCACGAAACCAGCUUUUUUCUUCCCAUUAUUAAACCAAAAACCUGUUUAUUAAACUUAUAUAGACGAAUUUUAUUUAAAGACGAUAAAUGUGUGACCCGCUUUGUUCUUCCAUUACCCAAAGUACUUCCUUGUUGCUUUUAUGUGUAAAAUACCUACUGGCCUUUUCUAAAAAGGACUGACUCUCUCUCUCUCUCUCUCCCUCUCUCUUCUGAUACGGCGGUAUCAUAGCAACAACAGCCGCGAAUCAGCGCAACAUCAGCAUCCCGCCAUCAUGAGCGCUGGAUCAUGAGCGCAGUGUUGCUGUUUCCUUAUCAACUGCCCUGUUUAUAAUCCCAUUGUGCUGGAAUCAUUGCCUUUGGCUGCUUGACGGGAUUUAUAAGUUACACUUUGGGUGGUGUACAGCCUAGUGAAAACCUGGGCGGGUUUCAAAACCAUAACUGGAGUGAGACUCCAAUCUGGCAACCCCGCCUGGCUGUGAACUCUCCAUUCCGGACUGGACACAGCGCUGUGCUGACGGACUGAUGGACGGGUAGACAGAGGGGCAAGCACAGGGAAAGAGGAUAGAGGAGAAGAAUGGAUGGAUUCGCUGCUGCGGGUAAUAAGAGGAUGGAGCCGAGCAGUUUCCCUGUUCAUGCGGAAUUACGCGCGGGUUUCCACGUUUUUCCUCACUGCGCAAAAUGAUGAUCUCGGCGGACAGAAAGUUUUGUUGAUCAUCGCCUGAAUUCGGCUAUGACACUGAUGCACAAUUCUCACUCGGAUGAUUAGUUGAUCACUAGUCCAGGCCUCAUCAUGAUUGCUACUGGAGGCCUCCUGCGCAUCUCAGCAAGACGUCAAGAUUCUCUCCGUGCCAAAAACCGCGCAGAGAACAAGCGCAAGAGAAAAGCCAAAAAGAAGCGAAAGAAUGAGGUGGUGGUGGUGAAGGGCAAAUUGAAGCUCUGUUCAAUCUCUGGGCUGAUUGCUGCACUGGGCAUUAUUGUCCUGCUGGUUGGGAUUGCCUUGGCCGUAUUAGGCUACUGGCCUAAAGGAAGUCCGCUUUACCCGGGACUGCUCGCAGUUAAAGGCUUACAGAAACCAGCCCGGACUGAUGACAGAGGAGGACCCAGAGCAGUGAACUGGACCACUAGUGUUAAGCUUAUUUAUCAGCUGGAUAAAGAUGAUCUAAGCUCUAAUCAUACUAAUACCACAACUGAGGAAUCGCCAAAGUUAGGUGUCUUUGCUGAGUUUUUAAACAGACACUUACAUUCAGACAAACUAAAAGUGUUUGGGCCAUUGAUUAUGGGCAUUGGUAUCUUCCUGUUCAUUUGUGCUAAUGCAGUGCUGCAUGAAAACAGGGACAAAAAGACAAAAAUCAUUAACCUUAGGGACAUUUAUUCAACUGUUAUUGAUAUUCACAGUUUGCGAUCCAAGGACAAUGCUUCACUCAAUGGAUUUGUGAACUAUAUGCAAUCAAAGGGGUUAGAAGGCAAUCCAAGUUCUGUAUACAAUGCUGCUAUGCUAGCAAAAGGCUCAUGGCCAUCUUCAGGCUCUUUCAAACAGGACCCGGACAGCCUCCCCUCAUCCAGAAAGUCAUCUAGUGGCAAACUGGAAGACUUACCUUUGGAUAGUCUUGCCAUCAAAGACACAGUGUAUAGCAUUUGCAGGGAUCAGUCAUCACAGGCCAAGCAAUGGGAGACCAAAACAAUUGUGACCUCCUCAGUCAAUGCGUUCACGCUACCAUUGAUCAGACUUAACCACAGGACAGCAGGAAACAGAAGGGGUUCAGAUAAAACCGGGGAGAUCAGAAGUGAAUAUCUGGAUUCAGAUGCUAUUCGUCAUUGCUUGGAGUCUCUAGCUGCAUCAGGGAGCAUCACCAAAGCCAAAGUGAAGACUCCUCAAAACCGAACCAUUCUUUCCCAGGACUCAGUGGAAGUUUAUAAGGGUUGCGACAGCCUGCAAGAGAUGCCACACCUCUCCCUUGAAGGCUCUCGGGUACAACUCCUUCCUGCAUCCCCUGGCCCUAAAGUGACAGGCUCUCACCUGUCCUUAAGUGCCCUAUCUGACUACUCCAGGUCCAUUGACUUGGGAAUCUGCCCAUCCACCCCUGUGGACCGGCACAUGGAGCGAACCAGGCGACGUAGCUGUCCUCGAUUGGAGGGCCUGAGCAGUGGGGGUUAUAUCAAACUUGAGGGUCUUGGAGGGGAGUCUUUUGAGUCCACUGAUGUGACAAGUUUUAGUCGUGGGAGUUCUUCUGAACUUUUGUCUAAAGGGCAAGUUUCAAAAAGUCCUCUUGUCCUGGAGGAAGGUGCUUCUGAUGAGCCUGAGCAUGGCAUGAUCAGACGGUACUCAAACAAGGAAAAACUGGUGAUGAUUUCCCAGUCAGACACGACCUUAGAGGACCUGGAAAUAGAGAGUGUAGAACUCUAACUGAGCCACUGGAUUAAAUCAGUGAACUUGAGGUUUAAUAGACACAUUACAUACUAAAGUCAUUACAGCAAUGGAUAUUUCCCCUUUUGCUCUUACAGUAAAAAUGGAUACAUUAACUUGCUGUACAGCCUUGGGUACUAAUGAAUAUAUUAUCUUUCUUUCUUUGGAAUUGCAUUCAAUGCAAUUCCCAGACUAAGAAUGAAAAAAAAACUUGCAUUGCAGAGAACAGCGUUGAAAACAUGCUGGCAUGCCGGGAACAUUUAUAAUUGCUAUUUAAUAAGCAAAGCAAAAAUGAGGAAAAGCAGAAAAAACAACAAAAAACAACAAAAAAGAAACAAAAAAAAAAAGUUUUGAAGUGUGGUAGCACAUCUCUACAAGGUUUCAUUUUUGUAUUUACAGUAGAAAAAAAGCUAUGUGGCUGUUCCACCUGUCCACCAGUGUGUUUCUUUCUAGUCAGUUUAAUGAGGAGUUGCUGUAUCAACAGCAUGUAUUUUAUACUGUAGUGUCCUUGCACUUUUUUUUAACCAGAUUAAUUUUAAAGGUUUGACUGAAUACAUAGCAAUAUCUUAUUUGAAUUGUCAUCUGCCUGUUGGAGACGCAUUAUGUUUGCAUUUGACUGGGGAAGAAGAGUUUUUAUUACGACUGUAUGUUUCUUUUUAGACGUCUUGCCUGUUUAGAAAUGGCUGUAAUGCUUUGUGCCUGAAUUCUGAACUAAGUCCACCCUCUAGCACAAUGAAUCAUUAUCAGAAUCAUAAACAUCUAUUCAAACCAUCCCAAUUCCUUUGGAGUGUUCCUGAAAGUGUUUUUGUAACUGAUUAUAAAUGUAUAAUUCCAUAGAAUAUGUUGAACCAUGCCAUCUCAAAUCAGUGUUCCUUGUAUCAAAAACAAAACAAAAAACAAUCACAAUCUUCAUAUAUUGCAGUAUUUUCUGAAAUAUAAACUAGAAUAAUGAAACUGAUGUCAAAGUAGUCUUUGAGAUUUUGCUAUUGAAACACCAACACACGACAUUCAGGUUUAACCUGAUUUUACAAUAUAUUAAAGCAAUGCAUAUAGACUUAUAUGCAUUGCUUUAAUACACCGAUCAGGCAUAACAUUAUGAGCACUGAGAGGUGAAGUGAAUAACACUGGUUGAUGAUCUCCUCAUCAUGGCACCUGUUAGCGGGUGGGAUAUAUUAGGCAGCAAAUGAACAUUUUGUCCACAAAGUUGAUGUGUUAGAAGCAGGAAAAAUGGGCAAGCGUAAGGAUUUGAGCGAGUUUGACAAGGACCAAAUUGUGAUGGCUAGACCACUGGAUCAGAGCAGCUACAAAACUGCAGCUCUUGUGGGGUGUUCCCGGUCUGCUGUGGUCAGUAUCUAUCAAAAGUGGUCCAAGGAAGGAACAGUGGUGAACUGGUGACAGGGUCAUGGGUGGACAAGGCUCACUGAUGCACGUGGGGAUCGAAGGCUGGCCCGUGUGAUCCGACCCAACAGACGAGUUACUGUUGCUCAAAUUGCUGAGGAAGUUAAUGCUGAUUCCGAUAGAAAGGUGUCAGAAUACACAGUGCAUGAUGGGUCAGGGCAGUUUUAACAGCAAAAGGAGGACCAACACAAUAUUAAGCAGGUGGUCAUAAUGUUAUGCCUGGUCAGUGUAUGAGCAAUGCAUUAAAAGCCCUCUGUUUUCUGAUGCGUGCAGAUUACACUUUUCUGCAAUCAGUUUUUAUCCACUUACCGGUCUCAUCUCCCCAGAUUUUAAUAGAAAUGAGAGAAUAAUUACUGAUCAAACGAGAUAUGAUGGAUUUAGAUUAUGAUGAAAUACUCAUGCUUAUGGCCCAUGCUAGCUUCAUGCAUGAAAAAAAACAUAUAUUUAACAUAGCAGUUUUAGUUUACAAUACAUAUAUUAAAUAGUUUGUAUAUAGACAUGGUGCAUGACAUACAGAUUGUAAACUCGGGCUAAUUAAACUAAAUAUGAUUAUAGCAAUUGAUUUAAGGAGAAUCUAAAAUGUUAAUAUGUACAAAAAUGAUGAUCAAGCAACAAAUCACUCACAUGUACAAUAGUUUUAAUGUUAACUGUUUUCUUUUUCGUAUAAACCCAUUAUAAGGAAACAGCUUAACAUGUAUCUUUCAUGGUUUAUUUACCAUAUCUCUUGUUUUCUGUGAAAUAAUGAUGCCAUAAUCUCAUUAUAUGAACACACAGCUCUAGGGUUUGAUACUGAGCUUGGGUUACUGUGUGUGUGGAGAUCUGGUGCUCUGUGUGAUCUUCUUCCUGUGUUCUCCUCCUGUCCACAAACACGCCGUUAGGUGCACUGCCUACACUAAAUUGCCCCUAGGUGUAAAUGUGUGUGUUUUGCUCAGCAGUGGAUUAAUUUUCCUAUUCAGGGUGUGUGUCUGUCUUGUAUCUCAUUGUCUCAGGAUCUACUAGGACCACCCUGACCUGAAUAAAACACAAAAUCUAAACACUUUGUGCUUAUUUUUAGAUUAUUGAAUCAUUGUUUUUGGUGUUGAAAACGCUGAGCUGUGUCCUGUAGACAGUUCUGAAGAAGAUGGCAAAAGGUUAGUCCUUUUGGUAUGCCAAGUUCCAGUCAAGGUCACAUCCAGAAUGUUCUGAUAUCACAGCUCUAUCACGUAGGCUGGAUUUGACAUUUUAUAACCCCAUCUGAUGCUAAGCAUUAAUAACUAAGGUCCAUUCUUCUAGCCUAAUAGUUGGUUUUAAUCUUACAUCAGUAUGCUUGUUGGUCAUUAUUUUGUGUAGCACAUAAUUUUGACUUUAAGAUGCUUCAUCAAAUCUCAUGUUUCCUCACACUUCAUUUAACACCCUCUGGAGCAGAAAAUGCUAAACUAUUAGUGCGCUAAACAACAAAUAAAGUCACAGAAAUGAUCAUCUUUGGCAUCUGUUUUACUGAAGGCUUCAGUACAGCUGUUAAGCGCUGACCGUUAGUUUAUAUUCACAUGGAUUGAAAACAUUUGCUAAAUUUAUAGCCAGGUUUUAAGGGAAAUGCUAUGCUCCGUGUUGUGUUCUGCUAUUUAAAAGAGCCAUUUAAUAUCAUUUCAAAGUUGUGUGUAACGUUCAGCCCAGGAGGGCUCAUAGCCUUGACUAAUACACCAUGCAGUGGUUUAAAUUAGGUUUUUGUUUUCUUCUAAACAGCCAUACUUGUUGUCCAAACUGUGGUGUUAUUAUUUUUUUUACCUUUUAUUCAUGCCAUGGUCUCACAACAACUGAACAAGUGGGGUAAAAUCACUGGAGUAACACUGGCCUAAAUACAUACUUAAAUAUCAGCAUAUUGUAGAUAAAUAUGGAGAGAGAGAGAGGGAGGAAACAAGAGCAGUACAAACAAAUAGCUUUCUGUGUAUCAUUCAGUGACUCAUAUAUUCCUUAUGCCUCUAAACAAAAACACUUGGACAUAAGCCUUUAUAUCAGUUCUGAUUUAUCACUGAAAAUAAGUCGUGCAUUGAAUUUGUUUAUGAUGCAGCUGAUAGCUUUGCUCUCUCACAGUUUCAAGGUCCGUGUUCGAUCCUGGACUUAGGUUGCUGUCUGCAGAGUUUUUAUGCUCUUCCUAUUCUUAUGUUAUCUCUGUUUGCAUAAGAUUGCUCUGGGUUUUCUGGUUUCCUCCCAUCUCCCAAAAACAUGCCAGUAGGUGGAUUUCUAUUGUGUGUGUGUGUGUGUGUGGGUGGGUGCUCUGUAAUGGACUGUUGUCCAGUCCAGGGUGUAUCCUGCCUUGUGCCUAGGAGAAUCUACUGGGAUAUGCUCAGGAUCCACUGCAACCCUGAGCAGAAUAAAGUGCUCUCUGAAGAUGAAUGAAUUAAUGUGUCCAUCAGUUCUACUUUAAGCUAGUAUAGUAUAUAAGCACAAUUAUUGCAAAAAGUAAGUGAACUAAAAACAAAUUUAUACUGCUGAUCUAAUUCUGGGAAAAUAAUAUACAUUUUGGAAUCUAGGAAACUUAAAUGCACAAAAUUUCAUUGGAAUUAAGCAAUUAAUUCUGUAUUUAUAUUUCUAUAUUAUAUUUUCUUUGUCACUAUCUCUGCAUCUUUCUCCUUCCGCUGUGUAAUAAAUGUUCAGCCAUUGUUUACCCUCUAUUUAUCUUUCCUUACUAUCUCUUACUAUUUUUCUCUGUCAUACAGGUAUAGCUACAGCAGGCACUCAGGUGUAGAUGACCUUUAUCACAGCCAAAACUAGUUACAGGAAUCUACUCUUCCCAUGAAGCCUUCACCACUCUCACUUGGACUCUGUUGGAAUCUGUCUAUCUCUCUCUCUCUCUCUCUCUCUCUCUUUCUCUCUCUCUCUCUCUCUCUCUCUCUCUCACUCUUUAGUAUAUAAUGUCUCUUCUGUCCCCCCUGAUUGUCUUGCUCUCUCUGUUAUUUUUCCUCUCGGUCACACUUUCUCGGAAUCUUUAAAUUUCAGUGCUGAGACUCUAGAUAUUUUGCUCAAGUGAUAUUCUUGUUUAUUUCAUUACAGUGAAACUUGUCAAGGGUUAUAGUUCUCAAAGUUGAAAGCAAGACAAAAUGGGUAAGCAUAAGAAUCUAGGCGAGUUUGACAUUGGCCAUAUUAUGAUGGUUAGCUUCUCUAAACCAACUAAAUUCAACUGGUGGUUCAAGCAAGGACAACAAGUGAAUUGGUGGCAGGAUCAUAGACAUCCAAGGCUCACAGAUUCAUGUGUGGAGUGAAGGUUAACCCAUCUGAUCCCAAAGAAGUGCAAUUGUAGCACAAAUAACAGAAAAAGUUAAUACCCUCCAGAUUCCCUAACUGCCAAUCUAAUUCAGCAUCUGUGGGAUGAUCUCACCUCACAGCUUACAGGACUUAAAGCAUCUGUUGCUAAACUUUCUGAUACCACAGCACAUCUUCAGAUGUCUUGUGCAGUCCAUGCUUUAACAGGUCAGAGCUUAGGGCCCGUGAGCAAGGCCCUUAACCCUCUCUGCUCCACGGGCACUGCAUCAUGGCUGACCCUGCACUCUGACCCCAACAUCCAAAGCUGGGAUAUGCAAAGAAAGAAUUUGACUGUGCUGUAAUGUACACCAAUCAACCAUAACAUUCUGAGCAGUGAGAGGUGAAGUGAAUAACACUGAUUAUCUCCUCAUCAUGGCACCUGUUUGUGGGUGGGAUAUAUUAGGCAGCAAGUGAACAUUUAGUUGAUGUGUUAGAAGCAGGAAAAAUGGGCAAGAGUAAGGAUUUGAUCGAGUUUGACAAAGGCCACAUUGUGAUGGAUCUCCGAAACUGCAGCUCUUGUGCGGUGUUCCCAGUCUGCAGUGGUCAGUAUCUAUCAAUCUAGUGGAUUGUGGAGUCCAUGCCUCAACAGGUCAGGGCUGUUUUGCCAGCAAAAGCUCGGACCAACACAAUAUUAGGCUGGUGGUCAUAAUGUUAUGCCUGCACAGUGUUUAUGUGACAAAAAUAAAGGCUUCUUCUUCUGCUUUGGCAGCACAAAGGGGACUUCACAAUUAGGCAGGUGACUUUAAUAUUAUAUUUAAUAUUAUGGCUGAUUUGUGUUUAUAUAUAUAUAUUUUGUGCCACUCUGUAUAACAGUCCCCUAGAUAUAUUCAUUAAUAGACUCCAAACGUAGCUGUCUAAUCUAAAAUAUCUAAAAAGCUAAACCUAGCAGCUGAGGAGAUAAUGAUACAAAAUUACCUCUGUACCAGUGUUCUCUAUGGCACUACUGUGUGUUUCUUCACUUUACUCUUACUGAAAUUAUAUUAUCCAAAAAGGACAGAUGCUAUGCUGCCGGAGGUUGCUCUGCAACACAAACUAUUCUUUUUCAUAUCAUUUUAGCAUUGUCAUGUUGACUGACUAUUGUCUGUGAAUCAGCUGUCUGUCUGAGGAAGAAAGCAGACAUUUCUUCACCUCUGUCUAUAAAUGCAGAGUGAAUGUGUGUAUCCAGUCAUGUUCUCAAUCUGAACUGUUAUCAAAUCCAAACGCUUUCAGGUCAGACUUUCGGGUUCAGUCUACAGGCUACACUGUGAUCCAACACAAACCUGCGUCCACCCACGUCCAUUAGACAUCUAGAUUAAUAGCUCUGAUGUUUUUUGGCAUUGAAGUAGUUUGAUUUUCUGCUUUUAAUAGACGCACUAUAUAUGCAAAACCUACAUCAUUGAAAUCAAAGCACUCCACAUUUGCAUGUAUAAUAAUUCUUAUUAUAAUAAUUCAUCAGGCUGGAUGUACUGGAAAAUCACAUCUCAAUUCUUAUCAUACAUAGCACUGAAAAUACACUUCAUGGUCUGGAUGCUAUUACACAUGGUACAAUAGAUGUUUAUGCAAACGUUCAUACUUCAGCAUCCUCUUCAUGAGGAACAAGAGUGCUAUGAUAAAUAAAGUGCUUUACAAGGAUAUGUUUUUCACUAACAUGACAAGAGAAGAGAUCCUCUAUUAUUUCACUCACAUAAGCCGUAACAUUCAUAUACAGUACACCGAUCAGGCAUAACAUUAUGACCACCUGCCUAGUAUUGUGUUGGUCCCCCUUUUGCUGCCAAAACAACCCUGACCCAUCAUGCACUGUGUAUUCUGUCAUCAGAACCAGCAUUAACUUCUUCAGCAAUUUGAGCAACAGUAGCUCGUCUGUUGGAUCGGAUCACACGGGCCAGCCUUCGCUCCCCACGUCCAUCAAUAAGCCUUGGC